UCCAAGUGUGGAGUGUCAACCAACUGGACAGGAGAGAGCACAGCUCCUACUCCAGAAUUUUAAAAAACAGAAAGCUCAUUCAGCUGAAUUGAAAAAAAAAAUCCCAUGUUUUGUAUAUAUCUGACAAAACUGGCAACAUUAUACAGACUGCUGACUUGAAGACCACCUUUUUUCUAUUUCUCUGUUUCUGGGCUGAUGAAUUGGUUUCAUCAAUUUCCUUACCCUACUCCCCUUCAAAGAUUUUUUUCCUUCUUCUUGGAAAAGUACUGGCUUAGCUGGUCCUUUCUAUGUAAGGUAGUUAGAAUUUUACAUCUUUCUUUGGGCUACUUUUUUUUUUAAUGUGAAACUUAGGUGAUACUUUUUUUUCUACUGCUUUUAUGUUAUUCUGUCUUGUUUUGAAACCAUGAUGGUUACUUUUUGUUUCCUAAAUAAAAUUUUAAAAAAUUAACAGCCAAGUCACAAAGAUAAAUGGGUUGCACAUAGACUAAAGAAUAAACUUCAGAUUUGUGAUUUUGUUUCUAAUCUUGAUGUAAAUUUACACUAUUUAUAAAUACAUAUUUAUUGCUUGAAAAUAUUUGUGAAUGGAAUGCUGUUAUUUUUUCCAGAUUACCUGCCAUUGAAAUUUUAAGGAGUUCUGUAAUUUCAAACACUACUCCUAUUACAUUUUCUAUAUGUAAAUAAAACUGCUUAGCAUUGUACAGAAACUUUUAUUAAAAUUGUUUAAUGUUUAAAGUUUUGUAUUGUUUGAGUUUUAAAAAGAUUAUGUACAUGGCCCAAUUAUUGUUGAUUUUUUAAAAAUCUGGUUAUAUAUAUUUUAUAUAUACUCUUUUGCGUGUGUGUAUAUAUAUUAUAUAUAUAUAUAAAUAUAAAUAUAUAUAAAACUGAAUAUAAAUAUAUGUAUAAAGAUUAGAGCCUAAAAUUUUCUUGUUUUUAAGUUUUACAUAUAUAUGGUAGAAUUGAGGUGUCUACUGUAAAUAUUGCUUACAAAAGUAUGAUUAUUUUUAAAUAUAUAUAUGGUAUGUAUCCUCAAGAUAUAUGUCCUUCAGACUGAUUUAUUGUUAAAUUGCACUUCCUGCAAUGACAGACUAAUAGCUGAUGCCAAAUUGUAGAAGUAAUAAAUGAAAUAACCUAGUUAGCUCCAAUGAAAUAUAACUUUAAUGGGAUUUUGAAGAUUCAAUUUAGGCACCUUGAAAUUUAGUAAGUUAUACAGGAACUAGUUUGAGAAUGAUAUCUUUACCUAACCAAAAUAAGAAAUGUACAUUCCAGUUGGGUUUUUUAGCAAGCAUAUGGCUACAUUGUCUUAAGUACAAAUCAUGCUAUAUUUUUGCUUAUUAUGUAAUUCAAAUCACUGAUAAAUUUUUAAAGCAUUAGUGUCCUUUAGGGCAUGUUCUUUGUUUAAAAUUACUGAUAGUAUUUCUUUUUAUCCAGUUGCUCCCAUACUGCUUCAGCUGUCACAUGAAAACCCAUUAAAUUGAAAUCCAAAUUCUUUAUUCAUCCCAGUGGAUUAGUUUACUGAUUCAUAAACUUCUGCAUUGAACUGAUAA